AUGGCACGCGCGUCUCAACGACAGAUGAGCUGCCAUGAGCAUGCGGAGAAGCUCACGCUGGCUCUGCUGGUUUUGGGCUCUUUGGCUGUGGUCGUUUACGCCGGAGACUCCUUCCUCUCGGCAUCCGAGCAAGUUGAGCGAAGCCAUGGCAAGCCGCUGGCCAUGCUUCUGUUGUCUUCGGGUGUGUUUGUGCUGAUCGGUGCCAUGAUCAUGAUUCAGGCAUUCGCAGGAUGGUCCUGUCGCUCAACCACUGAGAGCACCGUAGAUCGGGACAACACGGACGACUGGGGUUGGUCUCAGGGAGAUGUGCUGCCGGCUCUUCGCAGCUCCCGUCAGUAUCCCAACCAGGGCUCCCGAUGUUUGAUCUGGGCAUCCUGCACAUACCAGGAGUUGGGUGCAGAUGUGUCCGCCUUCCACACAGUCUACCCCGUUGGGAAUCACAAACUCGGAAAAGGGAGCCCCGUCUCCAUUUUGCCGGCCGUUCCGGUGGUGCACUGCAGCACCUGCGUCUGUGUGGGCAUACCUUUCACAGAAGAUGCAUUGAAAGCUGGGCCCUAUCCGGCUCGCCGGCUUCUGGUGCAUGCCCUGUGUGCCGCGAAAGCCUGGAGCUGCGGACGGUGUGAGUUUCAUAGGAGGCAUAGCUGGUGGUGGCUUGGAAACCAUCCAUUCGAUGCUGGUUUGGGCAUGUGGCUCGCGGGAAGGCUCUUCGGGCCAGAAGAGGUGAUCCCGCUGCAUAGGUUUCACAAAGGAAAGCAGAAGCUGCCACUGGAUGGAAUAGUUGCUCGUGCAAGCCGAACGACGUAA